AUGGACACUACGACGGAGCGAUACGAUGAACUCAAGAAUGACAAGACGCGAGCCGACGGGAGCCUGCCGCGACCUUGGUACGAGUUGUGGACUCGUAAAUUUUUCAACGCCGUCCUUGCCUGUGGCCCAUUGCCGAAGCACAUCGGCUUCAUCAUGGACGGAAACCGAAGAUUCGCGCAAAAGAAGUCAAUGGAGAAGAUCGUAGGACAUACAAUGGGAUUCAACAAACUGAAAGAGGCGCUCGAGUGGUGUCUCGAGCUGGGCGUGGAAGUGGUGACGGUCUACGCGUUUUCGAUGGAGAACUUCAAAAGGAGUCCAGAGGAAGUGAGCGCGCUGAUGCGACUCGCGGCAGAGAAGUUCGAGGAGCUUCUCAACCAAGAGGACAUCAUACACAAACACGGCGUGUCGAUCCGAGUGCUUGGGGACAUUUCUCUAGUGCCCGACUACCUGCAGCAUUCGAUGGCGACGGCAAUCCACAACACACGAAACAACUCCAAGUACCUGGAGAUGGUGACUGCCGCCCAGACCCUCUCUGCCGGUGUCCAGGAGGGCCUCAUCAACGUUGAGGACAUCAACGGCGAUCUGCUGGAGGAGUGCAUGUACACGUCCGGAUGUCCGCCGCUGGACAUCCUCAUCCGCACCUCCGGCGAGAAGAGGCUGAGCGAUUUUCUUCUGUGGCAGUCUGCGCAUUGUUGCCUCUCCUUUGUGGACGUGCUGUGGCCGGAGUUUUCGGCGUGGGAUCUGUAUCGAACCAUACUCUUCUACCAACAGAACCACGCGCACAUCAAGGAGCGUCGAGAGGCGUACGAGCGAACCAAGCGGCAGAGCCAAAAGGAACUCGACCUGCACGAACUGCAGAAGGGCAGCGGCGGUAUCGCCUCUCUCCACGGAGCGCUGGAGAAGGUCGAGGCCGAACGCGUCCAGCGAACGCAGCACUUCCUAGGCGUUGCUAGACAGCGCCAGAGUGACCUUAUCGCGGGCUUGUGCACUCAGGAAGAGGCGCUCCGACAACAGGAAAGGAACUGA